GUCGUCAGCUGUCUGCAAGUACACGAGUAACUAAUUCACUUGUCAACACUGGGGCAUAUUUUGCAGCAUUUCAUUUCAAGACACUAAAAUUGAUUGAACUCUAAUGUCAUUAGGCCAUUAGCAUAAUUGUCUUAGUCAUGUUUAUCUCGGUGUUAUAACAUCAACAGAAACAACAAUGUGCCUGAUGAGAAAUAUGUUGUUUUCCCAAAUGUCUGUGUAGGUUGUCAAACAAAGUUAAUUCGCAAAGUUGAAUCGAGUGGGCUGUUGUUGUUUGUUGAACUUGUUUUCAAAAACGUUCAAAUAUGACUUGGCAGGUUGCGCUAUUAUGUAAACGUCAUAUUAAUAAUUAAAAAUCGAACUUUUUACUUAAUAAUAAACGCUCAGAUCUGUGUAGUGCCUUUCUGAUUACCCAAGGGCACUUUAUAAUAACUCAAGUGGGUAAUAAUAACGCCUGACUAUGAAUAGCCACCAUCAGAUAGCUGACCAUCUUGGCACCAGAAUGCAAGAUUCCAGAAAGAGGUCUUUUAGGCAGGGGAGGCUCCUUGGGGGGUUUUGAAGACAGCAAAGCAGUGAACUGAUCAAGAUGAUUCAAAGAAAGGCUGAAGAAAAUGUGGAUAUCGGUGGGACGGUGGAGGAGGAAGAUGAGAAUUCUGAUGACCCAAAUCUUGAGCUGCAGCUCAACGCUUUCCGAGCUAAGUGGAUGUCUGAGCUCAAGCCAAGCCGUGACACGAGGCUGCUGCGAGUCACGGGUUCGAGGAGGACGCAAGAAAUUGCUCGGGAGGAAGAGGCUGCUGAGCUGUUCUUGAGAGCUGUUCAGGAAGAGCAGAAUGGAGCAUUUUAUGAGGCUAUCAAGUUCUAUCGCCUGGCUAUGCAGCUUGUGCCCGAUAUCGAAUCAAAGAUCAACUACAGCCACCCUGACGCCAAUCAAGUUGAGGGAAACUAUAAGGAGGAGAGGGAUGCCGACGGAGAGAUUGAGGAUCUGGUUACCUACUUUGAGCAGGAGCUCACGUUGGCCACUUCCUUUCCUAAGAUUUGCUCGCCUGAGUUUGAAAAAUCUCAGGUGCAUAUGUCAGCCUUGCCACGGGAGAUCCUCAUGUACGUAUUCCGUUGGGUUGUGUCACGCGACCUGGACAUGCGAGCCCUCGAGCAGCUGUCGCUGGUUUGUCGUGGCUUUUACAUUUGUGCAAGGGAUCCUGAGAUUUGGCGUUCAGCCUGCCAAAGAGUGUGGGGGCGCAACUGCACCAAGCUCGGACACUACCUGUCUUGGAGAGAGAUGUUCCUGCAGAGGCCCCGUGUCCGUUUUGAUGGCAUCUACAUCAGCAGAACGUCGUACAUUCGUCAAGGAGAGCAAUCUCUGGACGGCUUCUACCGACCUUGGCAUCAUGUCGACUUCUACAGGUACUUGCGCUUCUUCCCUGAUGGCAGCGUGCUCAUGCUGACCACACCUGAGGAGCCUCUCUCGGUUGUCCCUCGCUUACGCACUCAAAAUGUCAGAAUGGAGGCCGUCAAGUUCGGCCACUUCCGUCUGUCCCAGGAGACGGACAACCAAACCAAAGUUUACGCAGUCGUACGCAAGAGAAAGGAGGAGAAAUCAUCCGAGAUGCAAAAGAAUCGGUUCUGCAGGCGGAACCCGGUCCCUGAGACUGAGCACACCUUCCACGUGGGACUACUUCUGUCCUCUGGGGGGCGUCAGAGUUUCAAUAAGCUGGCGUGGAUCCACCAUUCUUGCCACAUCACUUACAAGCUGACUGGGGAAACUGUUAUCAGUGCAUUUGACCUGAACAAGAUGCACACACCUUUCAUCUUCGGACGCGUCAAGAGUUACACAGCAUUCUCAGAUCAGCCACUCUAAGACACCCAGAUGACCAUCGACAGAGACCACCUAGUUCACUAAACAACCCCAAACACACUAGCACAUGAUAAUAAUAACUGGUUAAUCUUGUGAUUUUCAGAAAUGUUGCAAAGUGAUUUGAACUCUAGGUAAUUAGCAGUCCCAGUUCGCAUGUUCUCGGCAAUGAAUGUUCAUUAUGGUUUUGUCUCAUGGUGCACUUUCUCCUUCAAAUACACAGGUAAAAUGCUUAUGUUUCACUUGUUGGACUCGACAGCAUGUUAUGCGUAGUACACACUACGUCACAUCAUAGUGUUAUUAAAUAUCAACAAGAGAACGUCA